CCUCUGAAAGCGCCUGUGACCCGACGGAAGCAAUUCCUUCUACUUGUUCCGGAACUCCCGGAGGCGAGCAGCUGGGGCUGGGGGGGGCGGCCCUGGUGAAGGGGCUGUGGCGGUACGCUGGGGUAGACCGCUGUGGUGGCUGCAUCAGCGCUGGGAUUGGCAAGAAUCCACUAAAGUUCCUGUGGAACCAAAGUAAGAGUAUAAGAACAUAAUGGAUGGAGAGGAGAAAACCUACGGUGGCUGUGAAGGCCCUGAUGCCAUGUAUGUCAAGUUAAUAUCUUCUGAUGGUCACGAAUUUAUUGUAAAAAGAGAACAUGCACUAACAUCAGGAACAAUAAAAGCCAUGUUGAGUGGCCCAGGUCAGUUUGCUGAGAAUGAAACCAAUGAGGUCAAUUUUAGAGAGAUCCCUUCACAUGUGCUAUCAAAAGUGUGCAUGUAUUUUACCUACAAGGUUCGCUACACUAACAGCUCCACCGAGAUUCCUGAAUUCCCAAUUGCACCUGAAAUUGCACUGGAACUGCUGAUGGCUGCAAACUUCCUAGAUUGUUAAAUAAAAUAAAUUAUAAUAAACUGUUAAUUUUUUCAGUAUUUAAUACCUGUAGUUCAGUUAGUAAUUUUUUCACAUUUAGCAUGUUGCCUGUAUGCAAUUGAACUAUAAAAAAGUUAAUUGCAAAGCAGAUUAUCUUCUGUUCUUUUGCAUAGCAAUCAGAGUUGAAAUUUGUUUGCUAUAUUGACAAGUUAAGGACGUUUUCACAAACUAAGAAAUAAACAAAUAUGGCAAUUCA